GCCCGUGCAGUAAAAGGAGCGCACCCAGUCCUUGACUUUGUGCGUUAUGUCACUGUGGGGCUAGGGAAGUGGGAUCUUUUAGCACACAUGCUAACGCUGAGUUUGUACGAGCACUAACCAUAUGUGCCUGUGAGAGGUAUAAACCGUAUUCCCUGUGUGCAGACAGGAGUGUCUCUCUGAGCUGAGCGAGGUGCGUCCGAGGCUGCAGGCCCUCCUUUUGUCCUCGUCUCCUCAGUCCAGCUGAAAAGCGCUUUAGCUAACCCAGUGGUCGGCAGCACGCCUGACUGUGGAGGCAAGACCAAAGAUGUCAUUGGGCCUAAGGAGCACCUAACAUCUACUGCCUACAAAUCCUGAUCCCGUGGAUGUUAUGUUAUCACCAGCUGGCCCACCUGUGGGACUGAUAGUCAGUGGACCCUCCACUGUGUCAUAAUGAGGACCUCAGUUUGUACUUGACUUGGGCCGAGGUGUGUGGCUAUGUUUCGAUUCCGGCUGGUGAGCUCCUGCCUCCGCAGGUGCCUUCAUGGUGGGACGGUGAACCAAAGCCAGGUCCUGGAGCAGCUUCAGCUUUGCUCUGCUGAAGACCAAGUGUUUGAGGUGGUGGGCAAGAACAAGGCGAAGCUGGCCGUGAGCCAUGUUGCCUGUGCUGUGGGAAUGCUGUGGCAGUUUCAGAAAGAGAAGCCACAGAUGCUCAGGACUAUUGACUUCAUCAAGAGCCACCCACAGUUUUUGACCCUCCGGGUUUUGGCAGAGAACAAGAUCACCCAUAUGGAUGACAUCAUGUUGGUAGACAUGCUGUACAAUGUUCUCAGGCUUAAUGUGGAUUUUCACGACUCUCUCGUUCAGCAGCUGGUGUCAGAGGCAUGGCUCAGGAUAGACAGAUUUCCAGUGUCAUCCCUCUCCAAGUUUGCCAUUUGUCUAAGUGAUCAGUACCUGCAACACAGUCCUCUGAUGGGCUGCAUCACUAAUAUUCUGGACCAGAAGUUGUCCUCUAUUAAUGAUGCCAGAGUUCUUACUACACUGAUGAUUAGUGUGUCGGCCUUGGUGUCUCCUCGCCUGCGUGAUGCGCUCAUCAGCAGGGCAGACCAUGUCCUGGACACCACGGAUCCCUUGAACUACAACAACCCCCGACGAGUAGUGCAGUUCCUGCGCAACAUCAAGUUCAGCCACCGGCCUCUGCUGGAGAAGUGCAACCAGAUUAUCUUGUGCAACAUUCCCAGGCUGGAUGCAGAGAACAUCAGCAUCAUCAUGGGGCUUUACCAGUCCUUGCAGUUCAGUAACUGUGACUUCAGGCUGGCUGCUAAACAGAGACUCAUAGAACUGAUCGAUUCAUGCACUGAUCCUUUCUCCUUCACUAAACUGUUUGUGGCUCUCAGUCCUAUGGCCAGUCCAGAGAUAAGAGAAGGGUUGGAGAACACAGCACUCCUACUGGCAGAUGAGUUAAAUGCACAGCAGGCCUUGGCUAUUGUUGAAGCGCUGGAGGAGACGCACUGCAGGAACCUUAGCUUGAUUAACAAGAUGGCAUCAGUAAUCCAAAGUAGCCUUCAUGUCUUCAAACCAGUGGAGGUAGCCAGAGUUACCCAAGCCCUUUUUCUGCUGCACUACCAGAACCCUGAACUCUUCAAUAAACUAAGGAACAUUUUGGUCAACUUUUUGCAGGACAGCGUCUUCCCCUAUGAAGUGACAAUGUUGACCCGUGUCCUGUCCAUGCUGCCGUGCCCACGACUUGAAGAGGGUGUGAUGUCACGGGUCGAUGCGGUGCUGACCCAGUGUAAUCUCAACGACCUCAACACCUUUGCUCUGACCAUCGCCAAAUGGGUGCGCAAUGACCCGUCCUAUCGACACAACACUCCCAGCAAGUAUGUGCGUCUGCUGCAGACUCUGAACCACUGUGGGCAUGUGAGGCUGAACACCAUCGACAGGCUGGACUUGGUGCUUGAGGAGCUGAAGUACAUCUCAGGGGAGUGGUUUGAGGAGAUGCUGCUGGAAGAGACCAUGGUCACACUGCAGAGGCUGGCAGACCAGAUAAGCUGGACUAAUGUGCCUGAGCUGGCCAUCUUCUUAACCAGGACGAAUCACCUCUGCACUCCUCUGAUGGAGCGUAUAGCCAGUGUAGCCAUCAAAGACAUUGACAAGAUUCACCACUCAGCGACGUAUGCCACCCUGCUACCAUUUGCCGUACUGAAUUAUGAUUCUCCAAAAGCAGACAAGCUAUAUGAUACAUGCAUUCAGCGCUUUACCCCUCACAUCAGUUCCUUUGACCCACAUCUGUUAGUUCUCCUUGCCUACGCCUUGGCAGUGGCUGACUGUUUUCCUGAGGAACUAGUUCGAGAAAUCUUCAAUAUAAACUUUCUGGGAAAGCUGGAUUCCCAGCUCGAAACCCUGCCUGAUGCCCUGAACAUGAGGAUCCGACUGCGUCUCAUGGAGCUGAAUCGUGCCGUGUGUCUUGAGUGCCCUGAAUUCCAGGUCCCAUGGUUCCAUGAACGCUACUGCCAGCAGCUGCAAAGGAAAGGGAAUGCCUCUAUCAGUCCUGUGCAACAGCAGAUCCACAAAAUGCUGGGUGAAGUCCUCGGUGGCAUUAAUUGUGCCCGAGUAGCAGUCCUCACCCCGUAUUUUUACACUGUAGACUUUGAGUGUGUACUGGACAGACACCAUCAGCCUGUGGCUUACAGUGAGCCAAGCACACUGCGGAUUUCGGACAAUGGAAAGGUUCACUGGGGAUCCAGCUCACUGGAAAAAGCCAGGAAUGAGUUGCCACCUGGAGCACAGCGUGUUGCUGUGGACUUCUUGGAUUCAAAGUCCUUUUGCAAAAAUUCUCAUCAUAUAAAAGGUGAAGCCAUGAUGAGAAAAAGACACCUUGAAAUUCUGGGGUAUCGUGUUGUUCAGAUCCCUCACUUUGAGUGGAACUCCAUGGAGCUUUCGACACAGGAUGCUUGGAAGGAAUAUCUGAAGAAGAAAAUAUUUACUGAGGUUUCUCCUUGAGAAAUGUAUUUAUCGAAGUAACUGUGAAAAUAAUGUUACAUUCAGUACCGAGCUCUGGAAGUGUUUUUGAAAAUUUGAAGGCAUAGUGACUGACAGGGGUGAAGUGUUAUAAAAAGCAGUACAUUCAUAUUUAUCAAAUGCGCCUUAUUUUUCCCCAAACAGCCUAGAUUUUACAUGAAGCUACCUCAUUCAUGUUAAAAGAAACUAUGUAAUGCUUUUGUAUUAAAAUUUGGAAGUUUUUAAUAAAACAUAAAAGCAUAUAAUAUGUGUAAUACAUUUUAUAUCACUGGAUUAUAGUCAGUGGAAUUAAAUACAUCC